UGGACCUAAUCAAUUAGUAAUUCGUUGACAUAAAACAUCCAUACGCAGAUUAAUUUCUGACAAUAUAAACAGAGUUAUUUGAGACCACAACGCAGCAACAUAAAUAAAAUACAGAAGACUUCGGAUAAAUUUGGCCACACAAUGGAAUAUUUCUAUGUUUCCAUUUUUAUACUAUGCUGCUCUCAGACUGUAAUUACAGCAAAAUCAAGCGACCACACAGGUACGCAGUUCGUGGUAGCAUUCUAUAGAAACCUUGAGCUGUCAACGCGGCAGGACGUAUUCUUGAUCAUUGCCGCCGUGGGCAACGAGAACACUACAAUAGACAUAAAGUAUAACCACAAUAACGAGGACCGCAUCUACUUCCAUCACCUCACACCAGGGCUGGCGAAGCAAAUUAGUUUAAAAAAAGAGUUCGGAACCAUAAAGAUGCCCUUCCCUGUUGUUAGAAUCAAUUCAACACAUCCAGUUAGCAUCACAACAUUUGUAGAGGGCUCCUUGUCAGCAGGGUCGUAUCUAGCGUUCCCAAUUGAAGUUGCAGGCGUAGAGUACAGGAUGCUUCCAUACUGCAAUACAACGGACAACGGCAUUUGUGUGUGCGCCAUUGUUAACCUGUACAGAAACACCACUGUCAGCCUAGUGAACGAGAAUCAUGGCAAUAUAUCCAUCUACACCGUACAACAUACAGUAGGGGAAAACACCAUUGACUCUAUGUCCUUUCCGCACAGCAAUCGUACUUUCAGAAUUGACGAGGCGUACAGUCAUGUUUCACUGGAGAGCCCGGACGACUUCACCGGUCUUCUUCUGGUUGCCAGCCACCCUGUACAAGUAGUUUGCGGCGGUACAAAAGAGAAAGCAACGAUGUCCAUGGAGCAAAUUCCUUCUAUCCUAUACUUUGAGCGAUCCUUCUAUACGUUUCCCAUAACCGUUAACGACAUGGCACCCUCUAAACUUCGAUUCAUUUCUCACUACAACUGCACAAAAAUUGAAAUAUCUAAUUCUGGUGUCAAUUUUACACUGAAUGCUGGACAGUAUCAACAAAUUUCUACUAGUGAAGUUAUUUCAAGUCAAAUAACUUCCAAUAAACCUAUCGCGAUAAUGCACAUCUUCUCCGGCCUCAAGCCAGGUAGCAGAAACCCGUAUUAUCAGGAAGGAAUCCUAUUUUUGCCAUCUGUUAACAGUUAUGUAUCUUCUGUAGUUAUUCCUCGACGAAAGAAGAAAGAUGAGUCGAUGAAAACUAUGUCAAUGUAUGUAGGUCUAAUCACACGAGUCCACUAUACAUUCCAGCAUUUUUCCGGAAAUACUAAACCCCCCAAAAUGUUUCUAAGCUAUGACAUUUUAAUAGAGAAAGACGACGAUGGACAAUUAUUAAGGCUAUCACGAGACUGCAGCUGUAAAAGCUAUAUAAAUGAAUUUGGGGGAUAUCUAAUACGUAAAAACGUUAUUGCAACCAAGGAUUUGUUUAGUUUAAUUGGAUAUACAUUUAUUUCUACAGAGAACGAAACUUCUCAAUAUCGUUCGGAGUCUUGUGAAAAACAGAAAGAUAUUGUCUAUAAAAGUACAACUGCAAUGGACACACCUGUAACUGAAAUACCAGCAUCACAAUCUGUCAACUGGUCAACGCUGGAUGGAACCACUUCAUAUGAUACAAGCCAGAUGAAUUUAAAGACUACAUCUCAAUCCAGUCCAAACCCUAAUGAGUACACGCGUUCCUGGAUUUCAGAGGCUCAAGAUGGUUCAAGAGUCACAGCCAUGAAGAGUGAAACUAAUGCCGUUUCUUCAGAAUCCAUUAUUUCUCAGUGUCCAAAGUGUCCAUGUCAUCAAGAAUCAACUCCAAAGUACACCGUACACACAGAGGAAGACCUGGACAAGAGGAUCAGAGAGAUCAAGAAGGAACUCACCAUCAAAAAAGCAGACUUGUCCGCUUAUCGGCGGAUGAAGACCAGCGCGGAGGAUGGUCGCAUAUCCGCUAAAGGCAUAGGGUUUGUUGGGAUCAUUAUUCUUUGUUCAGUCGCUUCUUUUAUCAUCAUCAUGGACUUCCCGACUCUCGCUCACCAGACCGUUGUACUUUGGAGAAAUACAUUUGGAAGAAGUGUGCGCGUUGUUCGCAGGUGUUUGCGAGGGGAUCCUUGAUUGAGACACUUUGCAACAAGCACAAAUAUACAAGCACUGGGUUAGAAACAAUGAUAUGGAUUAUUUUCACCGUUAGUCUGUUAUAUGCAAUUUAAUAUUUUAGUUUUUAUUUAUAUAAUAUAACAUAUCAAAAUAUACGUAUAUCUUUAUU